AUGAAGCUCCUGAUCUCCACGACUGCUCUCGCCCUCCUCGCUGCGUCCUCGUCGACUUCUGCUCAGCGGUUCUGCGGGCAAUAUGACUCGAAGGUCGUUCCCCCCUACACCGUAUACAACAACCUGUGGGGAAAAAACAACGACCCAAGCGGUACUCAGUGCACCGAAGUCCUCAGUCCAUCGGGCGAGCCCUUGUCGUGGAAUACGAGUUUCAACUGGGCCGGCGAGCGAUACCAAGUCAAGUCGUUCGCCAAUGCUGCACUCACGUUCCCCGUCGUGCAGGUGUCGAGCGUUCGGUCGAUCCCAACGAGUAUCGACUACAAGUACACUUACGAAGGCGAGAUCAUCACCAACUUUGCGUACGACCUGUUUACGAGCUCCAGUGAGAACGGAGCGAUCGAGUACGAGGUGAUGGUCUGGUUGACUGCUUUGGGCGGUGCCUGGCCCUUGUCCACUGCCGGCCAUCCCAUUGGCAGCGCGACCGUGAACAAUGUCGAAUUUGACUUGUACCAGGGCAUGAACAAGCAGGUCAAGGUCUUUUCGUACGUCGCGCGCAAGCAAACCACCUCGUUCAAAGCUGACCUGAAGGUCUUUUUCGACCAGCUCCCGACCAACAACAACGUUCCCGAGACCCAGUUCUUGCAGAAACUGGAGGCUGGCACGGAGCCUUUUCUGGGCAAGAACGCCGAACUGACCGUGUCGUCUUUCUCGGUUAAGGUCGUCACGUAA